AUGUUUACAUUUGAAGGGUAUUUUCAGAGCCUAGCAGACAGUCUACAGAUUUGCCUACUCAAAGCCGGUGGCGUGAGAGAUCAAAGUAAUCAGCUGAUUUUUCCUAUCCACACCAAAGGUGCUCGGGAUGAAAGCUUUGCAAAAAUCUGCGACGAAGAUGAUCCACAGGUGGAACUGGAUAGCGGAUGGAAUUUUCAAUCAGCUGAUUAUUUCCGACAUACCACAGCUGAGCUGCUGGGGAACUGCGUGCUGUUUGCUGAUCGGAUUCCAAGUACAGUUCAUAUCAUUGACAGAUUAGCGUCGGUUCUGCUAAAAGAUAUCAAUGUCGUCUGCGUUGCGGCUCAACAGUCAUCCGGAAAAGGGCGCAGUGGCAAUGUUUGGGAGAGCCCUUUGGGCUGUGCUAUGUUUUCCUUCCCCCUGGUUAUUCCUUUGGCUACACGUCUUGGCCAGGCGCUGACUUUUGUGCAGCAUCUUGUGGCGACAGCGUGUGUGUUGGCCGUUCGCAACACUCCAGGAUAUCAGGAUGUCGAUUUGCGUAUCAAGUGGCCAAAUGAUAUUCUCACGAGUGAUAAAGUCAAAGUUGGUGGGAUUCUGGUUACGUCGUCCAUAAUGAAUCAAACGGCUUAUUGCAAUGUGGGUGUCGGGUUUAACAUUAGCAACACCAAACCGACAAUUUGCCUGAACGAGCUGAUCGGGAAAGUUUCCAGUACUUCGAAUGCAUUCAGUAUUGAGAGAUUUAUUGGCAGAACCUUAUCUGAACUGGAGAAGCUUCUGAGGGAAUUCGCCGUAUCUGGCGAGACGACAUUUCUUCCGCUUUAUUUGAAGUACUGGCUGCACAUGAACCAGCAGGUGAAUAUACGGCAGGUAAAUGAAAAUCCGGAAGUCAAAUCACAAGAUUUCGCGGGAAAAAUCAUAGGAUUGGAUAAGUUUGGUUUUCUCUUGGUGCGACUUGAAUCUGGUGAAUUAUGGAGCGUACAAUCUGAUGGAAACCGUUUUGAUAUGAUGGCGAAUCUCUUACUGUUACAGCGAAUUUCUUGAUAGAUUUAUUUGACUUGUCUUUCGGAUAUUUUAUCCUUAGCACAAAAUUUGUAACACCACAAGAUUCCGUGAGAAAUAUCCCAGUUCUGUACAGAAGUCUGAUAACACUUUAUCUGUACUUCAUUACUGAUCCACCCACUGCGUGAUAAAAUAAUAAAAAACAAACAG